AUGGGGCUCACACAGUAUUCCACACCUAAUCUCUGCGUAGCACGCCUCUCUGCCGGGAACCGUGUUAUAUAUAUAGCUUCAGUGUACAUCGAACCAGAUAGAGAUGAAUCAGCCACUCUGGACAAAUUGGAUGCCUUUCUUAAGGCAACCGGCGACUCACCUAAAAUUGUUGGGGGGGACUUCAAUGGCUGGCAUCCCAUUUGGGGUAGCCCAGUCGCCAAUGCUAGGGGUGGUGACGUGGUCGAUCUGGUUUAUGGUAACGAGUUGGUUGUCUGUAAUGUUGGCGAUUCGCCCACGUUCGAGACGAUCACUCACGGCCGGCACCGGGAUUCGAUCAUUGACAUUACACUAGCAUCUGAAUCGAUAUACCAUCUCGUAUCGGAAUGGCAGGUCAACCCCCAGAUAUGUACCUCAUCUCAACACCACGCUAUUGAAUUUUACCUAAACAGUCCUAAUUCUGAUUUGUACACUAACUAUAACACAUCCACCUUCAUUUUAUAUAAAUCGAAAAAAGCCUGUUGGCCUUUAUUUAAUGAAACUCUUCACUUACACUUAACACAAUCUGAUAUCUUGGACAUUAAUAUAUCUGCCCUGAAUCCCUCCGAGUUGGAUGACCUCAUAGCCAAAGUUGUGGAAAUUAUCCACAUUGCCUGCCGUAAAAGUAUGCGGAUGAGAGGUAAGGGAGGGAAAUACAAGCCCCCUUGGUGGUCAGAAGAACUAGAGGCUCAGAAGCUCGAGAUAAUAAAAUUGCAUCAUCGCAUACAGGAGGCAAAGAGACGCGGUCUAGCCAUAGAGGACUUAGUUCAGCAACACAUGACUCUCAAAGCAGCAUAUGCACAAAACUUAAGAGCUGAGUCCACAAAAAGCUUUAGGGAUUUUUGCAGCCUUCAAACCAAGGAGAAUGUCUGGUCCCUGACUAAUAGACUAUUAAAAGAGUCCACUGCUAGACGCCCACCUACCACCUUAAAAAUAAAUAAUAAGUUCACUGCGGACAAUUAUGAAACUGCAACUGCACUGCUUAACCAUUUUUAUCCUCCAGAUCUACCAGACACUGACCCCCGUCAUCACGAGCUGACUGCCCACCUCGAUGACACUUUGGACACCAAUGAUGAACCACCCUUCACUUCAGAGGAGGUGCUGGAGCACUUGAGUCUAAUGAACCCCAAUAAGGCUCCCGGGACAGAAUUAGAGAAAGCGAUAAACAAGAAGGGUCUCUCCAAAGAAAGCAUAGAGGAGAUAAAGACACCAAUAGCUUUAGACGAAACUGUAGUUGAAUAUACAGAGUGUAUCUUAGAAGCCUGUAAUAAAAUAAUUCCAAUAAUAAAAAAGGAAGCAAAUGCCUAA